AAAAGCAUAUAAAGGGAAAGGGAAAGGAAAAGAAGCCAAGCUGAGCGGAGAGAAGUCUACCUCAGCUCAUCCUCUCUUUCUCUGUUAAUCAUCCACAAAGCUUUUAGUUCACGCGUCUCUCUGCACUAGACACCCAUACUUACCAAGGUGAAAAAGAGUAUCAAACAAAAUUAUACCCAAUUUUUUUUCAUUCUCUUCUCAUGCAAUCCCUUACUUUCUUCAACCCCAUCUCUUUCUAAAACUACCAAUUACCCCCCAAAACAUCUCAUCUUCUUCAGCAAUGUACUUAUCGGAAAAGCCUAGACCCAUCGAUUUCUAUAAAGAAGAAGUACUGCCCACCACCACCAGAGAUAACAUGAUUAUCGAAGUUGACUCUACCAGUGGUGAUUUGACACCUCAUCAGCACCAUCUUCACAAUCCUCACCAGCAACAGCAGCAGCACCACCAACAACAACAGAUGAUUCUCGGCGAGAGCAGUGGUGAGGAUAACCAUGAAGUGAAAGCCCCUAAAAAGCGAGCUGAGACAUGGGUUCAAGAUGAAACUCGAAGCUUGAUAGCUCUUCGCCGAGACAUGGAUGGUUUGUUCAAUACUUCUAAGUCGAACAAACACUUGUGGGAUCAAAUAUCGGCCAAAAUGAGGGAAAAGGGAUUCGAUCGAUCUCCCACUAUGUGUACCGACAAGUGGAGGAACUUGUUGAAAGAGUUCAAGAAGUCUAAGCAUCAAGAUAGAGGGAGUGGGUCUGCCAAAAUGUCUUAUUAUAAGGAGAUUGAUGAGAUAUUAAGGGAGAGGAGCAAGAAUGCCCAGUAUAAGAGUCCCACUCCUACUUCAAAAGUUGAUUCCUAUAUGCAAUUUGCUGAUAAAGGCUUUGAUGAUACAAGUAUAUCUUUCGGACCUGUGGAAGUUCCUUGGUGUGCAGCUAGUGGCAGGCCAACUCUCAACCUUGAAAGACGUUUGGAUCAUGAUGGACAUCCUCUCGCCAUCACUGCAGCUGAGGCAGUUGCAGCAAGUGCAGUUCCUCCAUGGAAUUGGAGGGAGACUCCCGGAAAUGGUGCUGAGAGCCAGUCAUUUGGUGGAAGAGUGAUAACAGUUAAGUAUGGGGACUAUACAAGAAGAAUUGGUAUUGAUGGCACAGCGGAUGCCAUCAAGGAGGCAAUCAAGUCGGCUUUCAGAUUAAGGACUAAACGUGCAUUUUGGUUGGAGGAUGAAGACCAAAUAAUUCGUAGUCUUGACAAGGACAUGCCUGUGGGGAAUUACACUCUUCACCUUGAUGAAGGAUUAGCUGUCAAAGUGUGUCUAUAUGAUGAGUCAGACCACAUUCCGGUGCAUACUGAGGAAAAAAUUUUUUACACUGAAGAUGACUACCGUGAUUUUCUGAAUCGCCGUGGCUGGUCAUGCCUAAGGGAGUUUGAUGGGUAUAGAAACAUUGAUAACAUGGAUGAUCUUCGACCUGGUGCUAUCUAUCGUGGUGUGAGUUGAGAGCAUAUUUAUUCCAUUUUCAUGGCUUGCAGCGUUCCUGAAGUGAUUGUUAUUAUAUGCUUCUUGUCAAUGCACGCCAGUGUGGAACUGUACAACGCAAUUGUGUAUAGCUAUAACUAUAAUAUCAGGUUAUCGACAAUGCUAUGUCAUAUGUAUGUACCUUGUAAAUAUGUACCUCCUUUGACAACAAAGGAUUCCAGAUUUUUUCUGGCAUCAAUUUUUGUUUACUUGUCUUUUUUUAUUCUUGGACAUGUGGAUACUUGAAGUUGUUGGUAUUUUGAACCUUUGAAAUCCAGUUGGUUUGACAGUUAAGAGUCA